CACAGCAAAGACUCCCUCACCUGGGACCAGAGACGUCCGAUCACAGUUCACUUUGGACAGACUGAGCAGUCAUGUUCCCCACGGCCCCCUCGGCCACAACGUCCCCCUCCCCCCCAUCCCUCCAAACUACAAAGCAGCACACGACCUGCUCGACCUCCUCGGCCUCUGGUGCCAAAGAGACCACGAAGUAACAUUGGCAUCGAAGGAAGCCCUGAACAUUACGUGCGUCCAACCCGUCACUAUACAGUGUUUCUGUGUGAGGAUUCUUCGGGUGAUGAGCUGUCUCAGGAUGACGACUCCAUUGCUGCUUUUCCUGAACACUUCCUGCUUUCUGCUCCUUUUGAAUGGCCCCAGCCAUACAGGUCUCUGAAAGAGGCACAGCUUGUGGAAGAAGGUGAGGAGGUUGAGGAGCGCUUCCAAGGUAACACUGCUCCGUCCAGCCCUGUGCUAGACAAGUUCUCUGACCUGAGCCUGUUGCAGGAUGCCUUCCGUAGUCAGCAGGGGGAGCAAGAAUGUACAGAAACCACAAAUACCACAAAACCAUCUCACAGCACACACUCUACACUCAGUUCCGCCAGAAGUUUGGAGGAGCUUCGAGCAGACCCUCAACAUGCCAACUUCAACUACCAGCGGAUGGCUCUUACUUCUAGUGAGCGCACACACACACUCCCUGGUCUUAAAAGCUCCAAUCCAUACAGCAAGCUCUGGAGCCAAAGAAAAGACCUGUCCACGUUGCUUGGCCAAGAGUCACCUUCCUGGGAGAGACCUCUCUCCGUGCCACCCUUGGAACCCCCAGAGGCACUGCCACCCAGCAGAGAGAGUUCAAAUCUCAGUGGAGAGAAGACCGAAGGGGCUUGUAUCACAAUCCCUCGUCCCCAAGGUCGAAAAACACCUGAACCGGGUGCAGUUCUGGCACCCGCUGUGACCCUGCUGCGCGGGGUUAAACAGGCCAGCGAAAAGGAGGGAGGAGUGUCCGCUGGAGGGCAAGAGUUUCGGCAUGCACUGAACAUGUCUCCUCACUCCCAAUCACAAACUCAGGCGGAUUUAUUGAAGCCCACUGAGCCGAACGAGGGACAGGACUUGCUCAGCUUGUUGGACCCUCUGUGUGGAGCAAUAAAGAAUGAGGCCACCCCGUCCCUCACUAAACCCCCUAUACCUCCUCGACCCAACCCCCCAAACCUGCCCGCCUUCCCCCCUCCAGUAUCACUGAACCCCUUUACCCAACCACCCCAGUACCAGCCACAAAGGCACUAUAGUCCUGUUGUCCCA